UCUCCGAGUGUACAGCAAUCGUGAAACGCAAUAACUUGCCACCUUUAAUGCUCGUGGAUAUUACAGUCCGCGUUUGUACUAAUCUUUUUUUACAUUGCGUUUAUUAUUUACGAAUGUCGUCAUUCCGUCACUCGAGCAGAUAGCGGAAUCAAUAUAACAACCAAAUGACCGUGGCAACUUCAGAGUUUCAGAUCGGUGUGCACUGACGACGGUACAAGAAGCGAGCUUGCGAUUAUUCGUAAUUUCUGUAGCAAAAAUGCAUAACGCUCGUCGAUCAAUGUGGGCGGUUGUGUUUGCUUGUUGUUUUUUGCCAGCGGUGAUAACCGUCAGCGAUCGUGAUCAUCGAAACGAUGCAGCACAGAGUUCGAACUCACCGAUUUCGUGUACCGCCAAAUUUUGUCUUCGCGAUUCGAGCCUGGUGAUAGUGAAAAUCCCGGAAAACUUCAUCGAGAUCAAUGAAAAAGGAAUUACUGGGAUAGAUCCUUUCGCCUUUGAGUUUUGUAACGCUACGGAAAUUCUCAUGAUGACGGACAACUUCUUGACUACUCUGUCGGGUGGCAUGCUAAAUGGGCUAAGAAGUCUCAAAGUAGCGAAUUUUUUCAAUAAUAAGAUCACGAAUAUUGCCCCCCGAACUUUUGACGAGUUGAAGGAAUUACGAGACUUGGAACUGAGCCAGAAUCUUUUGAACGGACUCGAAACAGGUGUACGAAACGGAUUGAAAAAGCUGCAAAAUUUACAGUUGAACGGGAAUCCGAUCAUUCUAAUGCACGAUGCAUUCACGAGACUUCCGAACUUAAGGUUGUUGGAAUUAACUGGGGCGCGUAUUUCGGCUAUUCCUCGCGGUAGUUUCAACUGUUUGGAUCGGCUUCAGCGGCUGGACCUUUCCUGGAAUCAAUUGAGCACUAUUCCCGGAUCAAGAUUUGAGGACCUGACUCAUUUGGAAGAACUUGAUUUAUCGUCGAAUCUGAUAUCCAGUUUUCACAUAGACGCUUUCAAAGGACUAACUAAUGUCAAGUAUUUGUGGAUAAAUGAAAACCGAAUCGGGUCCCUGGGCGAUCAGGAAAUUUUCAAAUGGACGCCGAAUCUCAUUACCGUCUAUCUCCACAACAAUCCGAUCCGAAUCCUGGAUCUGUCAGUUUUUAGACACAUGCAUAGUGUCAGUAUUUUGCCGGGUUUCCAAAUUAACUCGUCGAAAACGGUUCUCAAAAAUUUUUCAAACGCAACAACCACUACCGUUAAUUGCGUCCCAAGUUCUCCUGUCGAUUCUAGCGCACCGUACAAAUGUUCCGAAACAUACGAGGUGAUUCAAGAAUAAAGAGUGACGAGGUCAAACCAAUGUCGGAAAUUUGAUCAUGUUCGACAUUCAGAUUCCAACGUAAAUAAUUAGUGAUGAUUUUAUAAAAGAAUAAAUAUGGAAAUAAAUGCAGUCUUGUAUCACGUCCAAAUUUUAAUAAUUUUCAACUGCGUCAAAGCUGUGACAUUCAUUAAAUAUCCUGUUCGAUUAA